UGGAGAACCCAGAGUGGAAAUUCCAAUUCGUUGAAAAAGAUUCUUCAGAAGGCGGGAGAACAGCGAAAGAGGGGCCAUUGUGCUGCAUAACAAAAUAACGUAGCCCCGCGGAGCCACUUGCCGCAUCACCGGAUAACUGAGCUGAAUUGUGGGAAGGACGAGAAAACGUGGUGGCCUCCAAUGUCAAUUCGAAAGUGAAUGCGGGGAGGGGGCCGCUCUGUUUAUCCCUGUCAAACUGAGUCUCCCCCUUCCCUUGCGUGCUCACAAAAGAGGGGAAGGCGCCGCAUUGACGGAAGGCCCGCCCAGAGAAGGAGAAUAUACACAUAUAUGAAGACCAAGCAAAAAUGGUAAGUCCUCCAACGUUGCGGCAGCUCUGUGCAACCCUAGCGGACACGUUCCUGCAGGAUCUCGAAGACUUGGAGUUUGAGGAGGAGAAUAACUUUGUUAACUUUAGUGCAGAAAAGAAAGAAGGUGAAAAAGGCGAAGGGGGGAAGGGCAGCCAUGUGGAGGAGGCCAAGUUCCAGGAGGGUGACUACGAAGAGAUUGUUGAUGCGAUUGAAGAGUUCCUAAACGAAAAGAUAAAAAAAAAGGAAAGGAAAAUAUCUGAAUUGCUGUAUGAUGAGGACUUCCUCAAAAUGAUGAACAGCAUCAGGGACUAUGUCAUGGAGGAGAGCGGCGAAGGGGGGGAAGUCGGGGAGGAUGGCCCGGAUGGCCCGGAUGGAGAAGGUGGAGAAGGUGGAGAAGGUGGAAAAUCCCGUCGAGCUAAAAAGCGAAGGAGAAAAGGGCAGUCACCUGGAGAAGAAGACGCCGAUGCGGAUGAGCUAGAAGAUGCGAAUGAAGACGCCGCCACUUCCAACAACGCCGACGAAGUGCUGAUCGACAAGUGCAUCGAGCUGAUAAUCCAAAUAGACACAGAAAUCCUAAACAUCCACAAGUACGUGAGAGAUAUCUACUCGACGAAAUUCCCAGAGUUAGACUCUAUCGUGUAUACCCCCCUGGAGUACAUAAGCGUGGUGAGCAAAAUAAAAAACGAAACAGAUUUGAAAAAUAUUGAUUUCUCUGACAUUCUACCGAAUACCACUGUAAUGGCUAUCACAGUCGCAUCAAGUAUGACCACAGGGAUAAACCUAUCAGAUUACUCCCUAAAGAAUUGCCUAUCCUUCUGUAAUGAAGCAUUAGAAUUAAACGAAAAUAGACGAAUGAUUUUGCUAUACUUAGAGAGCAAAAUGUUUCUUCUCGCCCCCAAUUUGACAAUGCUGCUAGGUAGUGCAUUAACAGCUCGUUUAAUUAGCUCAGUGGGGUCGUUAAAAAAUCUGUCCAUUACAUCAUCUCAGAAUCUUAUAGUGGUAGGUAGUUCGAAGAAGUCGGUCCUUGGACUUAGCAAUGUGCGCAAGACAUUCGGGAUAGGUAUUUUAAGUACCUCCGAAAUUGUACAGAGUGUCCCUGAUGCAUUUAAAAAAAAAGCCAUCAGUUUGCUAGCUGGGAAGUGUAGUCUAGCAUCUAGAGUCGAUUACUUUAAAAAAUAUCCUGAGGGACAAUAUGGGUUACUACUACGAGAAAAUUUAAUAAGUCAUCUAAUAAAAUUACAAGAACCGCCUCCAAUGAAACAGAAAAAAAUCCUCCCCAUGCCUGAUGAGAAGAGGAAACGAAAAAGAGGAGGAAAGAGAUAUAGAAAGUUAAAAGAAAAAACGGAGAUUACUGAAUUGAGGAAGCAAAUUAAUAGGUUGCCCUUUGGACCCAACUCGAAUGAAGACUUUUACACCUUCACCGAUCAAAAUGCAGUUUUGCUAAACUCAAAUAUCACCAAGUUGAAGUACCAGUCUAAGCAGAAGGUGAAUAAUGUGGCCAAGAAAAAGAACCUCUCCGUGCACUCCAGUGGAGCAACUGGGGGAUUGUCGUCCUCCCUGAUUUUCACCCCCCUGCAGGGCAUCGAGCUGUUCAACCCCUCCGUCGUCAACCCGAGGCCGGACCCCGUCGAGAACAAGUACUUCUCGAGCAAGGCCCAGUUCCGCAAGGUGUAG